ACUCUCACACCAAACACAAAAAAACCAUUUCCAUUUCCAUUUCCAUUUCCAAACAAAAUCAACCAUUCUUCAAUCUUCUACAAUUUUAUUUUUUUUUGUUUUUCAAUUGGGUAUAACAAAGUUUCAACCUUUUUUCAAGAGAGAGAAAAAAGAUGUGUGGUGGAGCUAUUAUCUCCGACUUCAUUCCAGCUGCGGCGGCGGUGGGUGGUUCCCGCCGUGUCACAGCGGAUAUCCUCUGGCCGAAUUUGAGGAGGAAACCAAGUUCAAGGAAACCUUUUUUGCUUGACGAUGAUUUCGAGGCUGGGUUCAGAGAGUUUAAGGAUGAUUCUGAUUUUGAUGAAGACGAGGAUGAAGAUGAUGAUGAAGGGUUGUUGGUCGGUGUCAAAGGUUUCACCUUUGCUUCCAAUAAGAACAACAAAUCUUCUAAGUCCUUUGUUCGUGGAUCAAGUGCUGCAAAAUCUGUUGCUUUGAAUUCAAACCAGCAAGCUGAAAAGGAUUCGAAGAGAAAGAGAAAGAAUCAGUAUAGGGGUAUCCGUCAACGUCCAUGGGGAAAAUGGGCAGCUGAGAUCCGUGACCCAAGGAAAGGAGUCCGUGUCUGGCUCGGAACUUUCAACACUGCUGAAGAAGCUGCAAGAGCUUAUGAUGCUGAAGCUAGGAGAAUCCGUGGCAAUAAAGCCAAGGUGAAUUUCCCUGAAGAGGCUCCGGUUGCUUCCUCAAAACGUCUCAAGAAAAAUCCUGAGAUGCAGCUGUUGAAUGAUAAUCUAAACUCUUUCAAGCCGAACGGAAACCAAAUGUUCAAUUUCAGUGAAAAUAUGGAGAACUACUAUUCUCCUAUGGAUCAGGUGGAACAGAAACCAUUGGUUAACAACCAAUAUGCUGACAUCGGAGCCUUCUCCGGAAACGGAGUGCAGCUUACAUCUGCUGAUGUUAAUGCUUAUUUCAGUUCAGAGCAUUCAAGCAAUUCAUUUGAUUAUUCUGAUCUAUGUUGGGGUGAACAAGGCGCAAAAACACCUGAGAUUUCGUCUGUGUUUUCUGCUGCUGCUCCUAUGGAAGGUGAAUCUCAGAAGAACAUGCUGUCUGACAACACUCAGGAUAUGCUGCCUAUGCAAAAUGAUUCUGCAAAGACCCUCUCUGAAGAGCUCGCAGAUAUCGAAUCCCAGCUGAAGUUCUUCGAGAACGAUAACUGGAGUGAUGCUUCAUUGGCUGCUUUGCUUAGUGGAGAUACAACUCAGGAUGGUGGAAACACAAUGAACCUUUGGAACUUCGAUGACCUGCCUUCCAUCGCAGGCGGAGUUUUCUAAACAACGUCACCUGGCCGGUUAUGUAAAUAAAGCUACAAGAUUGUUGGUUUUUUUAAUAUUGUUGAUGGAAUCAGAACAAGAAGAAGUUACCAGCUUUAAGUAAAGCGUGGAGUUUUAUUUUCUUGUGGCCAAUAAAUUAUUUAUAGAUUCUUAGGUAAUCCUUUUGUCUUGUCAAAAACCUUUUGAGGAUUUUUAAGUUUGAUGUUUAUAAGGUUUAUGUUUAUGGAUGAUAUAAUUGUAAACUUGGUUGUUCUUCAUUAUGACAAUUUUAUCAUGACUGACAAAUUUUUCUCCCUUUGUUUGGUGGGGAUGAUUUCAUA